AUGGCAACUAACUUUAAAAUUCAAAACUUGUCAAAAAGCAACCUCACGUCGCGCACACAGACACCCGAAUUCCGCCCGACUAGCGAGACCCACUGGGUGCGCGACUGGAACUAUCCCGCCAAGCCGGCAGCAAAGCACAGCUCCCAAUUCCCAGGCAGCGUGCCGCCUACGGAAUUCUACCCUUUUCAGAUCAAAUCCUGGAUCCGCAGCGACUCCCCCGUUCCUUUGAACUUUGACAGCCCGCUCGACGACACGUUCGACUUGUCCCAGUACCGGUACGGUUCUGUGGUGGAAGACACCGCCGAGAAGACGGCUGGCGACGGUUUGUCUGCUGCGGAUAUCAGAGGCGCCGUUGGCGGAAGUAACACUAUUUUCUCGAGCUCCACAGAUGCACAAGAGGGACAAAAGGUGGAGCCAGAGCCAAUUGUGGUUGAAGCGCUGAGUGCUGUCACUGAGGUACCAGAUGUGGCCACGGCUGAGCAGAAGGAAGAGGCUAUGGAUGUGGAUUUGCCUGCAUCUGAAACAGUCGUAGAGGCUGAUGUGGCCCACGAAACCCAAGAGGCACAGACUUUAUUUGCUGAACCAACUAUCCAGGAACCGGUUGAGGCGACGGCAGAGCCAGUUGCAGAGUCGAUUGCGGAAUCGAGUGCUAGUCCAAUUGUUGUACCGGCUGCGGAGCUAACUGUUGAUCCGAUUGUGGAGCCAACUUCCGAACCAAUUAUCCAAGAGCCUUUCGAGGCGGAGCAAACUACUGAGCCUGUUAUUGAGCUGGCCGAGCCGACUGAACCAGUUGAUGAGUCGGUUUCUGGGCCAUCGAAUGCUCAACUUGAAGGCGUGAAAUCUGAAACCGCAGACAUUCCUAUCGCUCCAGUCGUGUUCACGCCACAAGCUGAUGUGGAUGGUGAUGUCAAAAUGGAGUAAGUGUUAGUGUGUUAUAGGGGGUUAUCAAUAAUUAUGUUAGAGGGUCUGAGUGUUUUGUAAAGAAUAAACAUUCAUUUUGUGGUUUUUCAAUGUGCAUCAUUUGGUACAAUCUGGUAUGAAUCAUCUCCGUAGGUUGUAUCGGUAUCCAUAUUCUGUUACUAACAUCGGUUAAUGCGAAUGUACCCG